AUGUCUACCGGAGAACUUCGAAAAGUCUCAGUUCAAGAUAUACAGCAGGUUCAAGAUCUUAUAGAAAGGUGUCUUCAGCUUUACAUGAGCCAGAAGGAAGUUGUGAGUACUCUCUUAGAUCAUGCAAAAAUUGAGCCCGGUUUCACUGAACUAGUGUGGCAAAAACUCAAAGCAGAAAAUCAGGAAUUUUUCCAGGCAUAUAAUCUGAGGUUGUUGUUGAAGGACCAUAUUUUGCGAUUCAAUGACUUGCUUGAGAGACAUGUUGAGCUAAUCCACCAAAUAUGUCCGACUGAAGUUUCUCCCGUUCCUUUUUCCAACGAAUCUCAGAUUCAUCCAAUGCACAAUAACUCAGAAUAUCAUGCCCCGGAACUUGGGCCUUCUCUGAGGCAAGAUAACAUGUACCAAGCUAUUUUUACAGUACCUGAUGCUUACACUAAUGUUGCAAGUGGAACAACCCUACAACCACAGGUACAAGUUGUGGCCAAUAGAGCAGCUUAUACUGGAAAGAUUGAUAUAUCAGAAAACAUGCUAUUGGCUCAGAGCUCAGAUGCAGAGUGGACACAAGCAAUGAAUGGUGAGAUUAUUAAAUCAGAAGGUGAGCAUGCAGGUGAUUCCUUGUUCAUGUUUGGUGCUGAAAGAAAUAUUCAAGAAACUCGUAAAAAUAUAGUGGAUGCAUCUGUAUCUCCUUUCAGUAGUGUAGAUUCGGUUUCACAGCCGAUGAAUGAGACUAUCUUGGACCCCGAG